UAAGCUGAAGAAAUAGUUAGAGGUUUAUAGGUGGGUUUCUUACGUACAGACAGAGAUAUAAAUCUGACAUUUCUUUAAAUAAUUUUUUUAAGCCCAGGGAUUCCAGUCCUUACAAAAGAAUUUAGUGUACUUCUUUUUUAUCAAUAGUUCAUGUACUGAGUACUAGGUUCACACUCUUAGUAAUUCCUUUCUCCAUUUGAUAUAUUUCUAAUUUUUUUGUUCCUUUUGCUUGUAUGUUCCUUAUUUUUUUUAAAAAAAAUAUUAAUCUGUGUUUUUAAAAAAAUUUAAAAAUACUUGUAGCAGUGAUAACACAUAAAGUUGGGAUUUUAAAUUGCAAUCAGAGAUAAAUAUUACAUGCCUAAUAUUCCAGUUGUGAUCAAUUCUGGGGUCGUAUACUUUCUAGACAGUACUGGUACUAGAAAGUUCAUGAACUCUCUUAUCUCUUUCCAUCUAGGAAUUGCUAAUUCAGAUUUUCAUUUUAUAUCCUUAAUUCAAACUGGCAGAAUAAAAAUAUUAUAUUUCCAUCAUCAUUUUAAUUGGCACUUUUAAAUCUAUCCAUAUUCAGCUGUUAAAAUUACUUUGGGGCAGCUUUUUCUUAACUUGAUGCCUUUCACACUGAUCUUGUUAGGUGUUAUGGGAACUGUAGUGCUGAAUUGGGAGGAAAUAUGACGAACUAUGUUGCUUUACAGAUAAGAGAUGAAAAUACUACUUGUUAAAUGUUUUACAAAGGAAAGUUGUCAAUUGUAAAACAAUUACAAUAUUUAAUAGAUGCCUGGAAAUGGAUUUCUGGAAUUCAACAGUUUUGUUUCAUUGCCUUGAAUCUUCUAUAACUUCCACCUGAAGUCAUUAAUUAUCUUAACUGAUUUUAAUGCCUAAAAGAAUCCUUGACAGUCCAUUAACUCAAGGCAGAUCUUGUGCACUGUAUCUGAAUUAGAUCAACAUAUGGAGUUCUCUGGACUUAAGAAGAACAGGUUUCCUUGUUUUUGUUUCUCCUUGUGUUGCUUGUGUUGCAAUGACUGCAGAGCGUGGCAUAUUAGCCUCUCUACUCUGAAAUAGUCAUGCCAGGAGCCUAGAAUUUGGGAAUGUCUAAUCUUGGCUUGUUAACAAAUACAGAUAAGUUGCAGAUGGGGAGGAGCUGGUACGCAACUUCCUUUUCCAACUUUUACACAAACCAAAUCGAGAAUGCAGAAACAUAAGUAAGAGAUGAUCUGCAAUGCAGUCGUCCUUGUAAUUUCAGUCCCAUAUUUCUGAUGGGAAGCGGACCCUGAUAACUAAUAAUAUAUUCGGGGACGUAAUGAGCUACUUGGAAGGCGUACCUUUCAGAGUGACCGUAAGCUUUGUGGACGAUGCCAACUUGGCCGACCAGCCGGAGAUUGAGCUGCCCAAGUGUGCAGAAGUCUUAACGUACACAAUGCAUGAUUUUUCACUAGAGAAAAAGGUCCUUUACUGGAUCAACUCGGCCUCACGGCAAGAGAUUCCCUGGUUUAACGCGACCGCUAAUACGUAUCCCACGGCCCCUCCUUGUUGGCUUCUGUUGGUGGACGCGAAAGACAACGUGGCCGGUAGCCACAAGGCAACGGGUUGCAAAACCAAAGAAAUGACACGCGUCCAAAGCUGUAUGAAUCUGGGCACCAGGUUUGAGAGGCUCCACUUCCCUGGCAGCAAAGAGAAGACAAUGAAAAGCGAGGAUUUAGACCAGGGUCCUGAGGAGCAGGACAGUUCUGAAGGCAAGGAAUCUUCUUCAGGUACCUCUGAAGAACCUGACAGUGAAGAACCUUUAGCGCCAAUGCCCAGUGCUCUACCUCAGCUUUUUGAUCUUCCCCAAAGCAGGCCGAAGACUUCCCCAGGGCAUCUAACCGCUGCGUCAGAAAGCAGCUGCCCGAGGUCUCUUUUGGGCCAGCAGAGGCAAUCCACAUACUUCUUAAACAACGUGAAGAACGAGUUGGAAGGUGCCAAGAAGAAGCUGUUGGCCGUCAUGCACCCUUUAAAACGAACCGCCACAGACUCUGCCUUGGUUUCUAAGGCUUUCUCUCUUCACCAGCACGCCAGAAGCAUCAGGAACUUCCGAUUCGGAGUCGGUUCCCCUCCUCGCUUAGCACAAACUUUAAUUCCAUCCCCGCCACCUACUUCCUGUUGUAAGCCAAGUCGGCUUCAUUCCGCGGGGCUUGUCGGUCCCAUCCAACACCAUAAACCUACUGUGGCAUCUCUGAGCCCGUAUUCCUGCCUCCCACCUCCUCCAGGGACCCAGCAACCGCUUAGUCCCCACAGAGCUUACCCGGACUCCACCGCUGAUCUGCUCUCGGUGCUGAGCCAAGAGGAACGCGAACUGAUUGAACCGGUAGUAGCCUUGGGCUACCCGAUCCGCCGAGCGAUCCUCGCCCUGCAGAAGUCCAGGAGGCGAAGCUUAGGACAGUUUCUCAGUUACCUCAGUGCCUGCGAUAGACUUCUGAAACAGGGUUACGAUGAGGCCCAGGUUAUAGAAGCCAUGGAAAUGUUCCAGAACUCAGAGAAAAAGGCAUCAGAAUUCCUUCGCCUCUUAGCCCAAUUCAAUGACAUGGGCUUCCAACAAGCUGACAUCAAAGAAGUCCUCCUGCUGUGUGAAAACCACCGAGACAGGGCCCUAGAGGAGCUCAUGACACAAAGCCAAUGAAAGCGGCCCAGCAUCCUCUCCACCUUUCCCUUCCUCUCCCCUCGCCUACCCCAAACGAGUCUUUAAAUAUUGUACUCUCUCAAAUCUUUAUCUUAUGAUUCUCUUUAAUCACCAUCUGGAAAGCUCACCUUUGUGAUUUGUUCUAAUCUUUUUUUUUUUAAGCUCCUUGUUAUUGAACUAUCCCUGGAUAAACAUGGCUUUGUACAAGUCAUCAUGAAUGACUUGAGUCUAUUUGGUUCAUAUGGUACCCGAAAGGCUUUGUUUAUUAUUAUUAUGAUUUACUUUAUUCAUUCAACAUGAAACUCAGUCAACUGAACAUUCAAAAAGGCACCACAAAUACCAUUGACUGGUACGGUUGAUAUGGGUUGCUGCCAACGUCCUAGGUAUCAACCAAGUACCUUCUUGAGAUGUACAAUGUUCCAAGUAGCGCAGUUUUUUGCAGUUCUGCUGCAAUUCGUUGAUGUAUCUUAUAAAAUUCUUGGAUAUGAUACCAAGUGCCCCGAUGGUAUCACUUACAUAUUUUAUCCAUAGUCGUGUAUUUCAAUGGUCAGGUCACGAUAUUUCAUGAUUUUUUUCCAGUUCUUUUUCUUCGACUCUGGCAUCUCCUGGUACCGCAAUGUCAAUAAAGUGUACUUUUUGGUUUUCGACAACUGUGAUAUCUGGCGUGUUGUGUUCCAAAUGAUGAUCCAUCUGUAUUCGAAAGUCCCACUUCUACUUCUACUUCUUCUCCUUCUCCUUCU